AGGAAGAGAGACAACUUCAAGCAAACAACCGGGAUUUUAAUGUGCAGUUUGAAUAUGCUAACAAUUCAAUUAAAACAUCGAAAUACAACUUCUUCACUUUCCUGCCUCUCAACCUGUUUGAACAGUUUCAGCGAAUAGCCAAUGCUUACUUUCUUUUCUUGCUGAUUUUGCAGUUGAUUCCUCAGAUUUCCUCGCUGGCCUGGUUUACGACAGUGGUGCCCCUAGUGCUGGUGCUGGCUGUAUCAGGAGUCAAGGAUGCCAUCGAUGAUUUUAAUCGACACAAAAGUGACAAACACGUCAACAACCGCCCAGUCCAGGUCCUGAUCAAUGGCAUGUUAAAGGAUGAAAAAUGGAUGAAUGUCCAAGUGGGGGAUAUAAUAAAACUAGAAAACAACAACUUUGUGACGGCCGAUCUACUGUUACUGUCAAGCAGCGAGCCACACAGCCUGACAUACAUCGAGACAGCUGAACUGGAUGGUGAAACAAACCUGAAGGUGAAGCAGGCACUGACAGUCACUGCAGAGCUUGGAGAAGAUCUUCAGAAACUGACAGAGUUCAAUGGUGAAGUCAAAUGUGAGGCACCAAAUAACAAACUGGAUAAGUUCACAGGAACUCUUACUCUUCGAGGAGAGAAGUAUGCCCUGGACAAUGAGAAGAUGUUGCUGAGGGGCUGUACGAUUAGGAACACAGAGUGGUGCUUUGGUCUUGUUAUUUAUGCCGGGCCAGACACCAAACUAAUGCAGAACAGUGGAAAAACAACUUUUAAACGGACGAGCAUUGAUCGGCUCAUGAAUGUCCUUGUGUUGGUGAUCUUUGCAUUUUUAGCACUGAUGUGUCUUAUCCUAGCCAUUGGCAAUGGCAUCUGGGAGUAUGAUAAGGGCUACUACUUCCAGGUCUAUCUGCCCUGGGCAGAAGGCGUCAACUCUGCCUCCUACUCCGGCUUCCUCAUGUUCUGGUCAUACGUGAUCAUUCUAAACACAGUGGUGCCAAUUUCACUCUACGUCAGUGUGGAGAUUAUACGCUUGGGUAACAGUUUCUACAUUGACUGGGACCGUAAAAUGUAUUAUCCGCUGAAUGACACACCGGCUCAGGCCCGUACUACUACACUCAAUGAAGAGCUGGGGCAGAUCAAGUAUAUCUUCUCAGACAAAACAGGAACUCUCACUCAGAACAUCAUGUGUUUCAACAAAUGUUCCAUCAAUGGCAAAUCCUACGGUGAUGUGUAUGAUAUGUCUGGGCAAAGGAUAGAAAUAAAUGAGAACACAGAGAAAGUUGAUUUCUCAUACAACCAGUUAGCCGACCCGAAGUUUUCCUUCUAUGACCACAGCCUGGUUGAAGCUGUGAAACUGAGUGAUGGCCCAACGCACAGAUUCUUCCGGCUGCUCUCACUUUGUCACACAGUGAUGCCAGAAGAGAAGAAGGAAGGUAACUUGGUGUAUCAGGCCCAAUCUCCUGAUGAGGGAGCCCUUGUCACUGCUGCCAGAAACUUUGGAUUUGUGUUCCGGGCUCGCACACCAGAGACCAUCACCGUUGUGGAAAUGGGAGAAACAAAAAUAUACAAACUCCUGGCUAUUCUUGAUUUCAACAAUGUUCGCAAGCGAAUGUCUGUUAUUGUGCGGAGUCCAGAAGGUGACUUGACUUUGUAUUGCAAGGGGGCUGACACGAUUCUUUAUGAACUGCUUCAUUCAUCCUGCGACUCUCUCAAAGAGGAGACCACAGAACACCUGAAUGAGUUUGCUGGUGAAGGUCUGAGGACACUCGUGGUGGCCUAUAAAAACCUGGAUGAAGACUACUUUCAGGACUGGAUCAGGCGUCACCAUGAAGCAAGCACUGCCUUGGAAGGACGGGAAGAUAAAUUGUCAGAAUUAUAUGAAGAGAUUGAAAAAGACCUAAUGCUGCUAGGUGCCACAGCGAUUGAGGACAAGUUACAAGACGGAGUCCCACAGACAAUUGAGACUCUUGGCAAAGCCAGCAUUAAGAUAUGGGUUCUCACUGGAGACAAGCAAGAGACAGCAAUGAAUAUUGGUUACUCCUGCAACUUGCUGCAUGAUGACAUGGAAGAUGUUUUCAUUAUUGAAGGCAGCACAUCUGAUGAUGUACUUAAUGAGCUGAGGAAUGCAAGGAAAAAGAUGAAGCCAGACUCCUUUCUGGACAGUGAUGAGAUCAACAUUCAGUUUGAAAAAUCUUCAAAAAAAACAACAGUUCUACCCGAUGAGCAAGCAAAUGGAGUGUACGGUCUGGUUAUCACUGGCCACAGCCUG